GCAGCCGUAGUCAUUUUGAUGUUCUCUGCGCGGCUGGCCGCGGCACUAGACAAUAUGCCCCCCAAUGGCAACGUCAGGGGAUUAAUUCCGCUUACGUUAAUUCAUGUUAACGAUUUCCAUGCGAGAUACGAAGAAACGACCUUACAAUCAAAGGUUUGCUCACAACAGGUUCGCGUCAACGGCAACUGCAUAGCUGGCAUCGCUAGGGUGCAGUAUACAGUCAAAAAGUUACAAAACGACUACAAGGAACUUAAUUCAAUCCAUCUGAACGCUGGAGAUAAUUUCCAAGGAACUUGGUGGUACAAUCUGUUGAAAUGGAAUGUUACCGCUGCGUUUAUGAAGAAACUAAAUCCGUCUGUUAUGGUCCUAGGUAAUCACGAAUUCGAUGAUGGCGUGAAAGGUCUUAAACCCUAUCUGGACGAACUGGAGAAGAACAACAUUCAAACAUUAGCUGCGAACAUAAUACUGAACCACGAUAAAGAGAUGAGCCGAUCGAAGUUACCAAAAUCGACGAUACUAACCGUGAACGGGCAGAAAAUCGGUGUUAUCGGUAUGUCGUACUAUAAAACUCAUGAAAUUUCCAAUACGGGAGUGGUGACCUUCUCCAGUGCUAUCGAGGCGGUCAAGUCGGAAGCUGCUGAACUAAAGAAGAGAGGCAUCAAAAUCGUGGUGGUACUUUCUCACAGUGGUUUGGCAGAGGAUACAAAAAUCGCGCGAGAGGCGGGAACUGACAUCGACGUGAUUGUCGGUGGCCAUUCGCAUACUUUUCUGUACUCUAAGGAGUCCAAAAUGCCCUACGAUGAGAAGAAUGAUGUGAUUGAAGGAUCCUAUCCAGUGAUUGUUGAAAACAGUGAAAAUCAUCAGGUUUUGAUAGUUCAAGCAAAAGCGCACCGAAAAUAUGUGGGCCGAUUUACCUUAUAUUUCGAUCAAGGUGGUCAUGUUAAAUACUGGGAAGGUUUUCCGCUGUUCGUUAAUGGAUCCGUUCCCCAAGAUCCAGAAGUGGCAAAAGAUAUGAUCCGGUGGAGAGAAAGUGUGAAUAAAAUAGGCUCAACUGUUGUUGGUCGUACCGAAGUUGAAUUGGUGCAACAUUCAUGCCGCCAGCAGGAAUGCAAUUUGGGACUUCUUGUCGCUGAUGCUUUCGCAGACUAUUACACCAAUCGGACCUUCAAACCGGUGGUCGUCAUUCAAGGAGGAAAUAUUAGAAUCCCAAUAGAAAAAGGAGAUAUAACCCAUGGUGAUAUAUUUGAAGUUGUACCAUUUGGUUCGACGGUGGAUUUAAUCCGUUUAAAAGGACGGCAUAUUUGGGAGGCGGUGGAGAAUUCCCUCACACCGGACGCUGCGAAUCGGCUUAACUGUUUGCAAGUCUCCGGUUUGCGGAUGGUAAUCGAUGCUAACAAAAAGGUCGGAGACCGCGUUAUUUCAAUCAAAGUUCGUGAUUACAGAAAUCCGAAUGCUGAAUUCUAUCAACCGCUGGAUUUGGAGGCUGACUACUACGUGGCCUUGACGUCCUACCUGGCUGCCGGCAAGGACGGGUUCGUUUCGUUGAGCAAAUUCACAUCCCGAUGGAAAGGUCCACUGGAUGCGGACGUCGUUAAAGCUUACGUAGAAAAAAUUGGUGUGAUAAAUGAAAUAGCGCUUGGACGCGUGAAAAUAGUCGGUAAAGAUAAUCGUAGAAAGUGAUUGACGAAAAAUUACUGGCAUGUUUUUUGAUAAAAAUCACUAACAUUAUGUUCUACGAAUGUCUGCUUUUGCGUCUUUAGCUCCGCAAAGCCUUGGCCGUACUUGGUACGUACGGGAUGGGUUUUUGUGGAAUAAAAAAUAAGCGAAAAAUUAACAUUAACAUUAUUGUUGAUGACGGUGAGCAUGGUAGCUUGUGUAUCACUAG